AUGCAAAUUGAUAUUGCUAUAGAUCAAUUGAAUGAGCUUAUAUUAUUUUUUGAAAAGUACAGAGAAAAUGGAUUUAAGGAGGCCAUUACUGAAGCUAAAAAGGUUGCAUCUGAAAUGGAAAUUGAAACUGUAUUUCGUGAAAAGCGUAUCAUUCGCAGGAAGAGACAAUUUGAUGAAAGUGCUACCGAAGAGACAAUGUUAUCUCCUGAAGAAUCAUUUAGAAUUAAAUACUUUCCAUAUAUAGUGGAUCAAGCUAUUUCUUCUCUUAAGAGUAUGUUUGAACAAUUUCGGCAUUAUGAAGAAGUCUUCGGGUUUUUAUUUGAUUUGAAGAAAUUCAGCAUUGUUGAUGAUGCUAGUUUGAAGGCUUAUUGUGCGAAACUUGAAGGAUUUUUAAAGCAUGACAGCCAUUUUGAUAUUGAUGGCGAAGAUUUAUUUUUAGAGUUAAAAUUUUUGAGAGAAUACUUACCAAAAGAAAUAAAAAAAGUAAUUGACGUGCUGAAUUAUUUGAAGAAAUUGGAUGGUACUUUUCUGAAUGCUUGGAUUGCUUACAGAAUAUUGUUGACCAUACCUGUUACUGAUGCCUCUGCAGAAAGAAGUUUUUCAAAGUUAAAAUUAAUCAAAUCUGAUCUUCGAUCAACUAUGUCACAAGAAAGAUUGAAUGGCUUAGCUAUAUUGUCAAUUAAGAAAAAUAUAGUGGAGAAGCUUGAUUAUACAAGUUUACUUAAUGAUUUUGCAUCUAAAAAUGCAAGAAGAUGCUUCAUAAAGUGA